GGCUGCGGAGCGCGGCGCGGCUAAAACCUUCAUGCUGACAACAAAGAAGCUAGAACGAUGGGAGUGACUAAUCUGUGGCAAAUCCUUGAGCCUGUGAGACAACCGGUCAACUUGAGCAGUCUCAAAGGAAAAACACUUGCUGUUGAUUUAAGUCUGUGGGUUUGUGAAGCACAGACUGUUAAAAAGAUGAUUGGAGUAGUUACCAAGCCACAUCUGAGAAACCUAUUUUUUCGGUUCUCUUUCUUAACAUCAAUGGGAAUUAAACUAGUGUUUGUCACGGAAGGAGAGGCCCCCAAGUUGAAGGCAGACACCAUGAGUAAGAGGAAUGAGAUGCGCUAUGGACCUUCGAAGAAAGUUGGAGCUGCAAGAACAGGGAGAUCUUUAUUUAAAGGCAUUUUAAAAGAGUGUCUCGAACUGCUGGAGUGUUUAGGCGUCCCUUGGGUUCAAGCAGCUGGGGAAGCAGAGGCAAUGUGUGCCUACCUCAAUGCAAAAGGACAUGUUGAUGGCUGCAUUACCAAUGAUGGAGAUGUCUUCUUAUAUGGAGCUCAAACAGUUUAUAGGAACUUUGCCAUGAAUGCUAAGGAUCCACAUCUUGACUGUUAUACAAUGUCCUCUAUUAAGGAGAAGCUUGGAUGUGACAGAGAGUCUUUGAUUGGGCUAGCUGUUCUUCUGGGUUGUGAUUAUCUUCCAAAGGGCAUUCCAGGAGUUGGGAAGGAGCAAGCUUUAAAGUUAAUUGAGACUUUGCGAGGUCAAAACUUAUUGCAAAGGUUUGAGCAAUGGAAGGAACAAUUUCAGUAUGAUAAUAAUCCAGCUUUGGUUGUUAAAAGGGUAACUCACUGUUCUGAAUGCCAUCAUCCAGGAUCUUACAAGGAACAUGAGCACAGUGGAUGUAAAUUCUGUGAAAGCACUAGAUACUGCAAAUCCAAUGACUCCAAAUACUGCUGCCCUUGUGAAUGGCAUCAGUUAGAGCGAGUGAAACAAGCAAGUGCAGUGGAGGACAAUAUCAGAAAAAAAGCUAACAGUUGUGAGGGCUUUCCAUUCUCUGAGGUUAUCCAAGAAUUUCUUGUAAACAAGAAUAAAGUGAUCAACAUAAAGGAAUGUCAAAGGCCAAAUUUGUUGUCCUUUCAGAUAUUUGCUUCUGAGAAGAUGGAAUGGACCAAACAUUACGCUUGUAAGAAACUGUUAGCACUAUUGACACGUUAUGAUAUGAUCCAGAGAAAAUCUGGAUACAUUGAUUCAAAACAACUGCAGGUGAUACGCAUAGUCAAGACACGUGUUAAAAACGGAAUUCCUUGUUUUGAAAUUGAGUGGCAAAAACCAGAACAUUAUGUUGAUGCAGAAGAUGAGCCUGUGGAGUUGUUUGUAGUAACAGUAGAAGAGGAGUCUUUGUUUCAGGCUGCUUAUCCUGAUGUUGUUGCCCUUUAUCAAGUGGAAAAAUCAGAAGUUCUGAAGAAGAAACAGAAAAACAGGAAAGACAGACCAAAAGAAAAGGAAUUAUCAAAUGUGUAUGAUGAAGUUAGUGAUCUUCUGUCUCAAAUGAAUUUAAAAUCUAGAUGUGGAAUUCUUCCUGUGCAAGACUCCAUGUCAGAUAUAAAAACUCCUCCAGAAGAUCAGAUACACCAGAGAAGUACUGAAUCAAAAGACCUAGUGUUAGCUGCAGCUUCCUGCAUAACAACUGUUCAAAUGCCAGCAUCAGCAGCUACUCUUUCUCUGACUACAUCACCUUACUCGCUCUUACAGAGUACGUUGGCUGACUCAUCUGUAUUGCCAGCACAAUUUACUAAAAAUUCAGGGAUAUCAUCCUCUUCCUCUGUAACAGCUGGUCUACAACUAAGCAGUAUUGAUUGGAAAGAAACCACCUUCAGCGCUUCACCAGCCUGUGGGGCUGAUGCCCGUGAUCCAGCAGCUGACUUAACUACAUGCAUAAAACACUCGCAUCCACUAGGUCAUGAAACAGUAAGAAAUAGCUCAGAAUAUUCUGAUGCUAUGCAGUCUGAUCAACAUCAUUCUGAUAGUGCAGAUGAUUUGGUUUCAGAUGAUGCUAUGGGACAACUUCAGAAGUGGUCUUUAAGUGAGCGAAUACUUAAGACUUCCAUUCCAUCAAAGCCUUUGUUGUCGGAAGAUGUAAUGCAACUGGAGUCUGUGAAACGUUUUAAACAAACAAAAGAAACAUUGAAUCCUGAUAAAGAUUAUGUCUCUUCCUCGUGUCAGUUAAAUAAACUAGUGCAGGAAAGUAAAAAUGUGCUAUCGGAAAACUAUGCAAGGGAAUCCAGCACACACAUUUAUCAAGGUCAGUACAAAAAAGCUGACAGCCUGGCUGAAAUGAUGCAAAAAGACCGUAAUAUAAGCAGUUCAACAUCUCUAGCCCUCAGUGAGCAAACAGAGACACUGCAUCCUGGGUGUGAAAUGUUUCCAGUGUCUCAAAAGCCAGCAGAUGUUGUAACUGGCUGUCACAUUAAAAAAGCUUGUAUUCAAACUACUUGGAAAACUUCUUGUAAAAGGAGUGUGUGUCAGAACAGAUGUUCUUCUAGUGAAGACAGCGAUGAUGGGAAUAUGAAUAAAAAUCUGAUUUAUGAGCAGCAGAAAAGGCAACUGAAUCCUGGUCAGUUUAAAAAAUCUUUUACAAAGAAAAGGAGUAAUGUUACUAGCAAAAGAACAAACAGUGACUCAGCCCUUAUAAUUAAAGGGAAGAAGAAAAUGACCAAUUUAAAAAAAGCUGGUAAUAGUUUCUCAUUGCAAGUAUCUCCAAAACCAUCCUCUGUAGGGGAAGUUAAUUGUUCCCCAAGUCCAGAACAACCAUUUGAGAGGUCGGGUUCUGGUCCCAUGCAGCAAGCCAAAAGUGCUGUUCUGACUUAUGCAUGGGCAGACAGUCCCCUUCCCCUGUCUGAAAGACUAAAAGGAAGAAUCGAAAUCAAUUAGGUUCUCCAUAAAAUAGAUUAUGAUAACAAUUAACUCUGAACCUUCAGCUCUUACAGAGUUCUUCCUCAAAGUUUCUGCAGUAUGCUCUAUCAAUUUUAAGUGGACACAGUUUUGAUGAAUAAGAAGUGCUGUGAAAUACUGCAUACUGGAACUAAAGUUUGAAACUAAAAUGUUAGCAAAAGUACCAAAUAGCUGAUUAUAGGCAAGUGCCAGUUAUUCUGGACUUGGUUACAUGCUGAACUUGAUACAUAAGCAUCAGGAUAUAGUAUACAAGGGAGCAGGGAGGUUUAUUUACGAAGUAAGAAGGGUUUUUUCCCAGCCAGUUGUGAGGAUUUUGUGUACAGCUAUUAGUCCUUCUGCUUAUAAAACCACUUAUUAAAAUAGUGCCUGCACUGCUGUUGGAUAUUCUUAAUAAGACAAAGUGAUGCAGCUCUUUCAAACUGAAAUUUUCCAUUCUGCUCCACUAACUUAAUUUUGCUGGUUUUAAAAUGGGUUUUCAAAUCCUGCGAUGCUGGUUUGUUGAUUAUCUCUGACGGACCAGAUAGAGACACACAGCAGAUGUACCUUGCAGGGUAGCUAAAUUUAUAUCUGCCAUGCUCUAUAAUAAAUUGUAAGUGUGUGCAUUUUCCAAAGAAUGGAAUAAGCCAUGUAAGGAUAUUCUGGUUUUGUAGCUGUCAUAUCUAAUCUUUAAGGAAAUUUGAUGGCUGUUUUAAUCAAACAUUUAUAGUUUGGGGCAUUUUUUUCUUAAAGAAGAUAUGAAAUCCCAUAUAACACUCACUUCUACUUAGAAUGAAGGUUAAGUUACAGAAAAUCAAAAUCUAAUUAUGAUAUUGCAGAUUCUUUGAAUAAUAUGUAAAGAUUUGUUUUUUAAAGGGGGAACUUGAAUACAAUUACGUUUUUGAAGGUGUUCUUCCUGCCUCUUUAAUAUAGCAGCAGUCUCUGUUCAUACACAAAAGAAAGCUGUCUUCAACAGCUUAUUAGAAAAUGCCUCCUUGCCUGCAUUUAAGUGGUCAUAACUUUUUCUAUGGACCAACCAGAAGGAAGGCCACCCUUACCAAGAUAUAAUGUUAACAAUAGAAAUUUGGAAUAUCCAUGCCUUAAUGAAAAAGUUAAUUCUUUUUUCAUGAAGGCUAAGGCUUUAAAAGUUAGGAAGCUAAAUUCCAGAUGUGUUUAAGGAAGAAAUAGGUAGUUUGUAGAUAAUGUAAUCUGUAAUUAGCCAAAAUGGUAGUUUCUUAUUUUCCUCUGUUGGCAGGUGGAGAAAGUUUAUUUAUCAUUGAUUUUUCCAAAUGAGAAAUGUAUUAUGGAAAUGAGCAAAAAAUCCAGAAUAUUGGAAACUUAUUAUCAGUUUUGAAGUUGCUCUCUCUCUUCUGGAGACUCUUAACCACCUAGCUGAUGUGAGAGGGUAGCUAGAAGAAUAGAAUUGCUAGGGAGAAUAAGAGUAGCAGUCACUUGGGGACCAUAAAUUGAGAGAUUCCUUAUGCAGUGGUCAGUAGUGGAGAGAUCAGACCAUUUUUUGUGGAAAAACAUUGUUAUUGGUUGUGUAUGAUUCUUUUCCUUGCUGCUGACUUUGAAUACUGAAAGUUGGAAUCAAGAGUUUGAAUUUUCAUUAAUAAAAAUGCCAACAUCAUGUGAAUGACCUCACUUUUGUUCCC